CCCGUUUUGAGUGGAAUAUAGAGAAUGUUGAAACGCUAGUGCCUUGGUUAGUGCAAUGCGGUGCGCACAGUGAGUUGUUCACAAAUCACCGUUCAGAGCUCAUUUAGUGUUCUACCGUGAUACGUAAAGCAUCAAAGCUAUGGCCUUCGAAUAUAUACCGAUUCACGAUCCCGUCUUUAGAGCAAACUGCGUGGAACGCAAUCAAAAAGACUACGUUCUUGUCAAACCGAAGGACUACAGCAAGGUCCCCAUUACCCUUCCGAACUGGGAACCAGAACCAUGCUGUUUGGAUACAAGAUACAAAAGGCUGGAUCAACACAUCAAAGAUAUGGCGAUCAAACCGGAUGAUGUAUGGUUGGUAACGUACCCGAAGAGUGGGACCACCUGGUGUCAGGAAAUGAUUUGGCUCAUUUGUAAUGACCUCGACUACGAGAAAGCUGCUUCGGUGAAGCUAAACACUCGUUUUCCGUUCUUAGAACUCAGAGGCAUUAGAGAUUUGCCGCCAGGGAUGGACCCCUUCCAAGAAGCUGUUUCAAUGGCAUCGCCUAGAUUCAUCAAAUCGCAUCUACCGGUGGCUCUCCUGCCCGACCAAAUUUGGGAAGUAAAACCAAAGAUGGUUCACGUUCGAAGGAAUCCAAAAUCGGUAGCGGUGUCCUAUUAUCAUCAUUCAGUGUCACUCCAUCAUUACAAAGGUACCAUGGAUCAAUUCGUGCGUUCCUUUAUGAAAGAACUGGAAUAUUAUUCGCCAUAUCACCGCCAUGUAAUCGAGUACCACCACUUGGACUAUCACGACAAUAUACUUUAUCUCUGUUAUGAAGAUAUGAAGAAGGAUCUGAAAAGUACCCUCCUGCGCGUUAGUUCCUUCUUCAAUAAAUCAUACACCGACGAACAACUAACCGGUUUGGAGCAGCAUCUGUCCUUCGAUACGAUGAAAAACAACAAUUCCGUUAACUUUCAAGAAUGGGUCGAGUUUCUGCUGGAGAAAACAAAUCGAGCUGAUAAGCUAGGCGACCAGGAUUAUCUGUUCAUAAGACGUGGAGAAUCGGAUGGAUGGCGACGUGAGCUGGAUCCGGAGCUGCUGAGUGAGCUGGAAGAAUGGAAUAAACGAAAGGUAGAUAAUCCUGAUAAUAUGAAGUUGUUUACGUGAUGAUUAAUAGAGGACCCUAACUAUGGAAAGUUUGUAUAUUAUUUCUAAACAUAAUUUAUAAUUUCAUUCCACAAUAGAAUAAAAAAAAAUUUAUAA